GUCCUCGAUCGAGCCACGGUGGACGCCGUCGCAAUGCUCAAAGAUGUUAGCCGAAAGCCGGGCAUCGCGACGCUGCCUCGACCCCCAGGGCCGGACUCGCGCCAGGAACGCGACCACGUCGUGGUAGACGCCGUGGUACUGCUUGACUGUGUAGAGCAGGUCGCAGACGGGGUGCAAAGGCACGUCGUGGUUUGCACAGUGCUACUGCCACGAAGCCCCACGUUGAUUACCCAACAGGUGCUUAAUCACGCGGCUGUGGGCGCCGUCGCACUGCUCGACGGCGCAGGGCUGAACGCCGACGAGGUGCACGAACGCGCCGCGGUGAGCGCAGCGACGCUGCCUCGACUCCCAAAGCCGGAUGCCCUCCAGGUGCUCGACCACGCCGUGGAAUGCGCCGCGGCACCGCUCGACGGGGCAGAGCUGGUCACCGAAGGGCCAGACAAACACCAGACGCUCGACCUCGUCGUGGCCAACGCGGUGGUACUGCACGACGGUGUAAAGCUGGUUGCCCACGGGAUGCGCGAGCUUGUCGCGGUGAGCAACGUGCUACUGCCCCGACCCCCAGCGUCGGAUACCCACAAGGUGCUCGACCACGUCAUGGUUGACGCCGUCGCACUGCCCGACGGCGUAGACUCGAUGACUCCACGCCGACGGGCCGCGCGAGCACGCCGCGGCGAGCACUGCGACGCCGCCUCGACUCCCCGAGCUGGAUUCACACCAACGCACUGGGUGCUCGACCGCGUCGCGGUGAAAGCUGCUGCGCUGCUCGACGGUGUCGAGCCGAUCACCGACGGGGUGCACAGGCACGUCGUGCAGAGCACCGUGCUAUUGCCUCGGCUCUCAGAGCCGGCUGCCACCUGGGUGCUCAACCACGUCGCGGUGGUGAACGCAGUCGUACCGCUCGGCGGCGACGAGCUGGAAGCCGACGGGGCGCACGAGCGCGUCGUAGUGAGCACGACGACGCUGCCUCGACUCACCGAGCCGGAUACGCACCAAGUGCCCGACAUCGCUGUAGCCGCGUUCGACGGCGUAGGGCUGGUUACUGACGGGGUGCUCGAGCCAGUCGCGGCGAGCACCGCGACGCAGCCUCGACACUCCGAGCCCGAUGCCGGCCACGUGCUCGAGCACGUCGAGGCGGGCGUCAUGGUGCUGCUCGACGGUGUCGGACUAGAUGCCGACGGGGUGCUCAAGCUCGUCGUGGAGAGCAACGUGAUGCUGCCUCGACUCUCAGAGCCCGAUGCCGACCAGGUGCUCGCUCACGUCGCGGUGGACGCCGUCGCACUGCUCGACGGCGCGAAGCAAGCCGCCGACGGGGCGCACGAGCACGUCAAGGUGAGCACCACGAAACUACCUCGACUCACAGAGCCGGAUACACACCAAACGCGCGCUGAAGUCGCGGUAGCCGCCGUGAUUCAGACCUGGCAUGUAGAACUGUUCACCGACGGGGCGCACGAACACGUCGCGGCGAUCACAGUGCACCGGCCUCGACUCCCAGCGUCGGGUACCACCCAGGCGCUCGAUAACGUCGUGGCGUACGCCGUCGUAUUGCUCGACGGCAUGGAGAUGGCUGCCGACGGGGUGCCCAAGCACGUCGUGUUGAACACCGCGACACCGCCUCGACUCCCAGAGCCAGAGACCAGCCAAAUGCUCGAGCACGUCGUGGUGGGCGUCGUGGUGCGGCUCGACGGCGUCGAGCUAGGUACUGACGAGUUGUUCGAGCUCGUCGUGAACGUCGUGGUAGACCCCGUGGUACCGCUCGACGGCGGCAAGCUGGACACCGACAGGUUGCACGAGCUCGUCGUGGUGAGCCCCGUGCUACGGUCUCGACUCCCCGAGCCGGUUACCGACCAGAUGUUCCUUGAGCCCAUCGUGGUGGACGCCGUGGCACUGCUCGACUGCGUAGAGCAAGAUGCCGACGGGGUGCUCGAGCUCGUCGCAGUAAGCGCUGUACCACUGCCUCGCAGGCGCCCGAGCACGCCGCAAGGGGCGCCGUGGUGCUACCUGACGGUGUAG